AUGAGCGAUAUCGCAGAACAGCUGCUGAGAAAAAAAGACCCGAAGCAAGCCCUGGAAGCAAUACUGGGGGACAGUGCCCCAAAAUUAUUUAAAUCCCUUCGUGUGCCCGAUUGGACGUUGCUUUACUUUAAGCUGCAGUCCCGGAUCCCAGACCAAGGAUGGCAAACCUUGUUGAACUUUACAAAGUUAGGGCGAACUAAGGUAAAUCAUUUUAUCUCUUUAAAUCAUUUUGUAUUGCCAGUUAGUGUGUUUGAUUAAAUUGGUGAGUGGAGAAAAUCUGCCACCCCUGUAUUUAAAUUCUGGUCAACUUUAUCUGUUUCUUUUGGAGGUCAAAAUUUAUUUAAUUAUGAUAUAAUAAAACAAUAUACCGAUACAAAGUACAAAGAUAAAUAGAAAAAUAACAAACAGAAAUAUUGUUUUUCCUCUUUCUUUUUUUAUUGCUAAACUUUGUCAAGGGCAUGGCUAAAGGGGUUCCUGAGGUGCCCUUGACACCCCACCCCCCUUUAACCAUGCCUCAUCUAACUAAAAUCAUUUUCACUGAUGAGCAGUGUGACUAAAAUAGAGUAGUUUAUAUUAGAACUCAAACUGUAACUUGAUCUCAGUAUUUUUAUUUCACAAGACAUGUCUUUCCUUACCUAAACAUUUAUUUGUGCUCUUAUCAUUAUUGAUGGAUUCCACAUUAUAUUAUAAUCAUUCUAUUACCAUUUUACAUUUUAAUGGGUUCAUUGAUCUGUAAUGCCAGGGAUGGAAACUUAAUUUUGACAGCACUGGCCAUCGGGCGAGUGCCUUUAAUAAAUGCAACAAAAAGCCUAGGAUUUUUACUUGCCCAAGUAGUUUUGACACUCGCCUGGGCAAGUGGGCAAGUGCUAAUUUCCAACCCAGUAAUGCCUUCUUUUAUUGAUUCAUUAAGAUAUUGUUAUGUCUGCAUUUGUUUAUCUAGACGAAAUCUGACAUUCCACUUCUUCUGAACAAGAAUCACAUAAAGGCUGUGCGCAAGAUGAUCUACUUGUUCAUUAUCUAGAUUGAAAUCAUUGCGUUACAUAAACUUUUAAGCCUAAGCUUCAGUUACGAGAUCUUCCUUUUUCAGCAUAAAUCUUUGAUUUCUUCAGAAUACCAGUAGAGACCCUCAAAUGUUAUAUGUCCUCUCUGGUUCACCCAGGUUGAAGUCCUGGCAUAGUUGUAUGCCUGAGUGCUUCUGGGAUAUAUAACAUAAUAAGUAUUUUGGUUCACAUAUGGUAAAUCGAACUUCUAGCAAGUGUUAUAUAUCCUCUUUGGUUCACCCAGGUUGAAGUCCUGGCAUAAUUGGAUGCCUGAGUGCUUCUGGGAUAUAUAACAUGAGCAUUACUUUUGAUUCGCACAUGGUAUCGAAGUUCUAGCAAGCGUUAUAUAUCCUCUCUGGUUCACCCAGGUUGAAGUCCUGGCAUAAUUGUAUGCCUGAGUGCUUCUGGAAUAUAUAACAUAAUAAGUACUUUGGUUCGCACAUGGUUUUGAAGUUCUAGCAAGUGUAAUAUAUCCUCUUUGGUUCACCCAGGUUGAAGUCCUGGCAUAGUUGUAUGCCUGAGUACUUCUGGGAUAUAUAACAUAAUAAGUAUUUUGGUUCGCACAUGGUUUCAAAGUUCUAGCAAGUGUUAUAUUUCCUCUUUGGUUCACCCAGGUUGAAGUCCUGGCAUAGUUGUAUGCCUGAGUGCUUCUGGGAUAUAUAACAUAAUAAGUAUUUUGGUUCGCACAAGAUAUAGAAGUUCUAGCAAGUGUUAUAUAUCCUCUUUGGUUCACCCAGGUUGAAGUUCUGGCAUAAUUGUAUGCCUGAGUGCUUCUGGGAUAUAUAACAUAAUAAGUACUUUGGUUCGCACAUGGUUUUGAAGUUCUAGCAAGUGUUAUAUAUCCUCUUUGGUUCACCCAAGUUGAAGUCCUGGCAUAGUUGUAUGCCUGAGUGCUUCUGGGAUAUAUAGCAUAAUAAGUAUUUUGGUUCGCACAUGGUAUCGAAGUUCUAGUAAGAGUUAUAUAUCCUCUUUGGUUCACCCAGGUUGAAGUCCUGGCAUAAUUGUAUGCCUGAGUGCUUCUGGGAUAUAUAACAUAAUAAGUAUUUUGGUUCACACAUGGUAUCGAAGAUCUAGCAAGUGUUAUAUAUCCUCUCUGGUUCACCCAGGUUGAAGUCCUGGCAUAAUUGUAUGCCUGAGUGCUUCUGGGAUAUCUAAUAUCGGCAUCACGACAUCACGUCAACGUGAAUUUUGGAGACAUGCAUGCCGAAAGAUUUGGUAAGUUUUUAUUAUUAUUGUAUUUGGUUAUGCCUGCAAGUCCAAGGUGUGCUAUGCUUAUUAUUUAUUGCUAGAGUGCCAUUUUUUUUUUCUCAAUAGUACAUAUAUCUGACUUUCAAAAUCCCUCUGGUCUAACAAAACUUUUUAUGAUUAUUUUGAUUCUAGUUCUCAAAUUUCUUUUUAAAUUUCAUCCUUUCGUAUGUGUAGCAACUGAACUAAAUGAGAAAUUGUUUCUAAUCUACAGAAUUAUGUUGAGCAAUUAAUUUUGUUACUUAAAUGUUUGACCAAAGUUGCAGUUUUGUCAAACAUGACCAAACUGGCUGGCAUUUUCCUGAUGACCGACUGUCAGUUCUAGCUCAUUAUUUCUUAUAUAAUACUGGUAAAUGCUCAGUCAUAUUGAUCAUUGAAGUGCUUGCCAUAUGCACUAUUCCUUGUGUUGUCCUUUAUGUGAAUCGCAUACUUAUGUUAUCACUGCAACACACUUAUUAAAAUUAUUGCAUCUGAACGAGUCAGGAAAGUUUUUUAGAGAUUGGGGAACUCACACUGACACACUUGACAUUGCCAGUACAGGUAAGCAAAUUCUCUUUUCACUGGGUUCAAUGUAAUACCCAGCUUAGUGAGUUUGAUGGGAUGUUAAGCCAGCUUAACAUCCCAUCAAACUUGCAAUUUAUUAUAACAACGUAUACAAAAAGAAAACUUAUUUCUUUAACAUGUGAUAUAAAGGUUAGGGUUAGGGUUAGGGUUAGGGUUAGGGUUAGGGGUUAGGGUUAAGUUAUCAUCUCUUUAAACACCACUUUGAAAAGCUAUGCAAUACCAUUUAUUAAACAUUUCAAUUAAAUAAGGCUCCAGUUUUGUGAACAAGCGAAAUUCCUUUGACACUCUCAUUAUUUGGGACCGUUUUGUUAGGUCUGCUACAGCAGGAGUUAGAUACUAAGGUACAGUUCUGGAAAACAAAACAACAGGAAGUUGUUGCAAAGCUGUCCAUUCUUCGAAAAAACAAGAAGUACCCAAAGGAAGUCCAGAAUUAUGUUGCUCAGUAUCAACAGGAUGCCUACAAAAGU